GACAUAAAAAUAUACAGUUCAUAUAAAUUUGUUAUAUUUAUCAUGUAUAUACUUUAUAAUAUGAUAAAAUUGUAUAUAUUUAUAUAUUUUAUUUGACAUAAACUUUAUAGUUCAUAUAAAUUUGAUAUAUUAUAUAUAUACUUAAUUAUUUAAUAAAAUUGUUCACAUUUCACUCAUUAAUGCAUGUUAUCUUAGCUAUUUCACAUUUUCUAUCAAUCAAAUUAUAAUGUUUUCAUUUCAAAAUGUUAUUAAUUUCAAUUAAUAAUAUGCUGAGGAGAGUUGUAUUAACAUUUCUCAAGAUCCUUAUACUUUAAGGACGAGAUAAGUUCAGUAUGCAGAUUUUCACCUUCAUGAGAUCAGUUCUAUAAACAAAGAUGAGAUCUCCUAAUUAAUACCAUGUUAUUUAAUAUGCAGAAUUUAAACACAAGAAAAUCAUACACGAAUAAAAAGAAGAUAAUGGUAAGUGGUGAAAAGUUCUACUUUAUUAUUUACAACAAAAAAAAAACAGUUCUACUUUACUGAAAAGAUUAAAUUUUAUAUAUUAAGUAAUUUAAUUUGCUGACCAGAAGAUAAGGUAAGUAAAUAUAAUGGGUGAAAUUUUGUUGACCAGAAAAUACUAAACCCAAAUUGAGCGAUUAGAAAAUAGCCGAAAUUAAACAGAUAAAACUAAGAAUAAUAAAUACAUUAAUGACAGAAAAAUCCUCAAUGAAUAUUAUUACAAAUCAGUGGUCAUAUUUUAAUAAGCAAUAGUCAUUACAUUGCCUUUUACAUUAAGAAAUUGCCGGAAGCCUAAUAACAACAACAUAGACCAACCAAGUCAGAGCAGAGACUUUCUCUUUCAACUUCUUUAUUUGUCUUCUCCACUUGCGCGCGAGCCAAGCAGAGUAAACAAUUUGAAACUGAUUAAGGUUCGUAUUUCUCAAAAAAACAAACCCGAUUAAGGUUCGUCUCCACCUUCUUUCUCGAUUUAGGGUGUUGUCGGAGAAUGGAUGCCAUAUCUAAUUAAUGUAUCAUGAUCGCCCCUUGUAGCUUCAAAUAUUAGGGUUUCGAAAUUAGAUUUUGGGGACAAUGUUUUAAUGUUGCAUCAAUUUUGGGAUUGUUUUGUUUUAUUGAUAGACUGCCAGUAACACGCACAUAGUUAUAUAUAUUAAAACUUCGUUUCUUCUAUCUAUGGGACCAACUUUGGAUCUUAUUUGUGUUUGAUUGCAUUGAUUUGGCUAUGAUAUCAUAUUUUAAAAUGAAAUUCCAACCUAUAACUAAUUGUCAGUAAUCAAUUGAUUGAUUUAUAUCAUUUAUAUAUUAGUUAAAAUCCAUUUUAACCUUCCUUUCGUUUGCGGUUCAUUUUUUCUUUUGUUUUAGCAUCUUUAGGGGUAUUGGGGUAUUUAUAAAAUCGGUUUUUAGUUUGUUUUUCGGUUUUUGACAAGAAAAUUUAAUCCAUCAGAAAAAAUCCAAUCAAGUUUGGUUCCAAUUUACGAAUCUUUUUAGAUAUAUAAAUUAUAUUUUGGAUAUUCAAAUAUGAAUUUUCAGUUCUAUCAAUUUUUCGUAUACAAGAUAAUUUGAACCAUAUAAAUAUUUGUGAACAUUGGUUCAGUUUUUGGUAAAACACCAACGCCUAGUUACAUGAAUAAGCUUGUAGCUUUGUGAAACCGAGUGUGAUUUUGCUUGAUUCCUUUCAGCUGGGUUCUGUAUGCUUGUUCAUCUCUUUUCACAGUCCAGUCUAACUUGUGCAACAAGCUAAACCAUUAUAAGAUUAUACAAGAUGGUUACCAUCUCUUUUUUUUUCUAUUAAUGUUUCUUCUGAGAGUUCAAGCACAUCCUGACAUGUCAAUGUUCCUUUGAUUGAAAAAAUGUGCAGAAUCAAUUGUUUAUAGUUCAGUCUCGAUGCCUGAAUUUAACAAAGGUGUGAUGCGUCCAAAUCUUAACGCCGUGCCUAAUCAGCAGUUGAGCAUACAGCCAGAUGCUAACAUUGACAAAGAGUGUUAUAGAUCCAAAAGAUCUAAUUAUCAUCUCGGAGUACCAGAUGAUGAUACGGAUGAGGAUGUGGUGUUCCUUGGAGAAAUAUUACCGUCAGAUAGUGGUCAUCACUGUCCAUCAAAGCGACAGAGAGUCGAAGCACAUCCUCCUCCUCAGGAUGAUGAGACACUAAGAUCUGGAGUGGAAGUUGUUGAACCGAUGGAAAGUGAUGAACAGACCAAACGCGAGGGCGAGGCUAAUACAGCUGACACAACAGUGCCUUUGGAAAAGCCUAAAAAGAGAGACGUCUCACUGGUGGAACGUUUCACAGAAGAAGAAAUAGAAAUGCAUUUAAAGAGUCUCCACGAGGGACGUGUUGAGCUCAAGAAUAUUGAAACAUGUCAACUGUGUGGCGAAAGCGAACUCUUGUUUCCAGCACCACCACUCUACUGCUCGCUUUGCAACUACCGCAUCCAAGAUGAAUCUCUAUAUUACAUCCCAGAGGAAACAAUAAGCGGUGCGCAACAUCAAAUCUGUAGUCCAUGUUACGAUCACUGUAGACGCCAAAAGUUCACGUUAUCUGGAGUCGAUAUCGUAAAGGCCAAUAUGCUUAAAUUAAAUAACGCUAACAAUCAAGACACAGAAGCUGUAAGCUUCAUCUCUCUCUCUCUAUAUAUAUAUUUCUUCAGUACAUUUACAUAGCUACGUUGUUUUGUUUGAACAGUGGGUUGCUUGCGAAUCUUGCGGGAAAUGGCAGCAUCAGAUAUGUGGUCUUUACAAUCCAGAAAAAGACACUGACAAAACCUCAGACUACAUUUGUCCCUACUGCCUGUUAGAGGAGCGUAGGAGUAACGAAAGCGUGGGAGUUCAUGACAAUACGGAUUUGGAGGCGAAAGAUUUGCCUGAAACCAUCCUAAGCCACUUUAUAGAGAGAAGGCUAACGAAGCGGCUCAAAGAAGAAAGACGCCAAACCGCAGAGGCUACUGGGAAGAGCCUUGAUGAUGUAAGAAUGAUUUUGUGUCUUGAGGUUUGGUCUGAAAGUGUAUAUAUACUGAACUUGUUACUUUUCCUUUCCAGGUAUCACUACCAGAUGAUCUUACUCUCAGGGUCGUGUUCUCAGCUGACAAAAGCACACAUAUCAACAAAACAUUUGCGGAUUUUCUUCACGACGAACACUAUCCUAGUGAAUUCCCUUACAGAUCGAAGGUGCAUCUGAAUUCAUUUUUCCUUAAUGAGUUAGUAGUAUUAAACCAAGUGAUGGUGUACUGGCAAGCGAACUUUGGGUUGCUAAGCAACAUGGGUUAGAAAGCACCCAUUACACUCUAUCAUAUGGUCACACGAAUAUAUGCCUAUUGUUUAGGGUUUACAUUUGAAUACCGGAGAGAGUGUAUAUAUGUGAACUACACCUCUUUUUAAAAGUUAGUCUAGACUCUUCUAUAGAUCUGAGAUACUCCAUGUUAAUAAAAGAAAUUUAGUAGUAUUAGGGACAAAAACUUAUGUUGGAAGAGGGAUCUUAAAUUAUCCACUUAUACCAAUUGAUUUUAGUUUUGAGUCUCAUCAAACUUAAUUUUAAAUUUUAAUUUGUUUCGGAUUGUUUCAGGUGAUUCUUCUGUUUCAGAAAAUUGAAGGAGUUGAUGUAUGCAUAUUUGCGUUGUUAGUCCAAGAGUUUGGAUCGGAAUGUAGUCAACCAAACAAACGCAGCGUAUACAUCUCUUAUCUCGACUCCGUCAAGUACUUUAGACCCGAGAGAGUAACGUUUUCAGGAGAAGCUCUUCGAACUUUCGUUUAUCAUGAAAUACUGGUAACAAUCUAUUCCCUUAUUUUUUUUUCUUUGUUUUAGACCUAAACUGUUAUUGACAUGCGUCUCAUUUAUUUAUUUUCCUUUUUUUUAUAGAUUGGAUAUCUUGAGUAUUGUAAGUUUCGAGGUUUCACAACGGGUUAUAUAUGGUCGUGUCCACCUCAGAAAGGAGAAGACUUCGUUAUGUACUCUCAUCCUAAGACUCAGCAAACCCCCAGCACUAAGAAGCUUCGUGAAUGGUCAGUCUCUUUUCUUCCUUUUUAUGUUUGGUGUGGAAGUAUUGGAUUUAAACUUAAAAUUCAAAAAAAAAAAACAUUAUUUUAGGUAUGUGUCAAUGCUGGAUAAAGCCAAGGAGCAGAGCGUGGUGACGAAUGUUACAAACUUGUAUGAUCGGUUCUUCGUUCCGACAUGCAAUAUUACAGCUGCACGGUUGCCUUACUUUGAAGGAUCUUUCUGGUCCUCUAGUGCUGAGCUUCUGAUGAGUCAAGAAACCGAGAGUGGAGUCGAGAAUGUUAAAUCACUUUCUAGAAGAGCACUAAAGGGCAACAAAAUUAAGGACUCCAAUGAUGCUAAAAAUAUUCUCCUGAUGCGAAAGGUUGUUAUUCAUAUGCACUUAGAGUUUGAAUAUGUAUACAUUUCAGGGUGUUUAUUUGUUAACUAUUAUGUUUUAUGUAUAGCUUGGAAUACGGAUAUCAAACCAAAAGGAGGAUUUCAUCGUGGUGGACUUGCAUUAUACAUGCACACGAUGCUCGGAGACCAUAUUGUCUGGAUUGAGAUGGUUUUGCAAGAAGUGCAAGGAUCUUCAAUUGUGUCAAAGGUACUCUAUCUCUACAAAUCAUUUUCAAUGAUAGUAUCUAAUCCUGUCUUCACCAUUAAUUGGAUAUAAAUAA